AUGCUUCGGGGCGGGGCCCUUCGUCGGAGGCCGUCGGGGCCCACUGGCCACCGGGCCAGCUGGCACCCUGGCCUCUGCACAUGCUCGGCGGCGCGAAGAAAGGGCCGAGCCCCGCCCGUCGCCGCCCCGCGCGCACGUGCUCCCGCCUGCCCCCCCCCCCCCGCGCCUCUUAAAGGGCCGCCCCGACGGCGGCGGCGCGCCGGGCGCGAUGCGGCUGCCGCCGCUGCUCUUCUGGCUGCCGCCGCUGCUGCUGCUGCUGGCGGCGGGGGAGCGCCCGGCGGCCGGCCGCCUGCCUCCUGCCCGCGCCAGCCGCCCCCCCGACGGCUGAGCGGCCGCGAGCGGCGGGAGAUGCAGCGGGAGAUCCUGGCCCUGCUGGGCUUGCCCGGCAGGUCCGGCGGCCGCCCCCCUCCGCCGCCGCCCCCCUCCGCCGCCCCCCUCUUCAUGCUGGACUUGUACCGGGCCGUGGCCAGCCACGACGAGGACGACGGCCCCGCCUGGCCGCCCCGCCGGAGGGCGCUCGACGGCGCCGACACCGUCAUGAGCUUCGUCAACGUGGUUGAACUGGACAGAGAUAUCUUCUAUCAAAAGCCAUACUGGAAGGAGUUCAGGUUCGACUUAACCCAGAUCCCAACGGGGGAGUCUGUAAUGGCAGCUGAGUUCCGCAUUUACAAGAUGCAGAGUGUCAUUCGCCACGUCAAUCAGACCCUACACAUCAGCAUUUAUGAGAUUGUCCAAGAUCACCCCAACAGAGAAUCGGAGUUAUUCCUUUUGGAUCUUCAGGAUUUUCCGGCUGGGACGGAGGGCUGGCUGGCUUUUGAUGUCGCAGCUGCCAGUAAUCAUUGGUUGUUAGACCGCAAAUACAACCUGGCCUUGAGACUUUACGUUGAAAAGGACGAUGGGCAGAGCGUCGAUCCUGGAUUAGCAGGCCUCUUGGGUCGCCACGGGCCACGCUCCAAGCAGCCCUUCGUGGUGACGUUCUUCCGGGCAAGCCAAAGCCAAGCCAGGGUCCCCCGAGGUGUUAGGCAGCUGAGGAAGAAGCAGCACAAGAAGAUGAACAGCUUCCCAUAUGCGAACAGACUUCCGGGAUCGUUCGAUGACGUUCAUCCUUCUGAAGGGAAGCACGUGUGCAGGAGAGAAGAGUUGUACGUCAGCUUUCAAGACCUUGGAUGGCUGAACUGGGUGAUCGCCCCCCAAGGCUACUCAGCCUUCUACUGCCAAGGAGACUGUGCUUUCCCUCUGGAUUCCUGCAUGAACGCCACCAACCACGCCAUCCUCCAGUCCUUGGUCCACCUGAUGAAGCCGGAUGCUGUCCCCAAGGCUUGCUGCGCCCCCACCAAACUCAGCGCCACCUCCGUACUCUAUUAUGACAGCAACAACAACGUCAUCCUCAAGAAACACCGCAACAUGGUGGUGAAGACCUGUGGCUGCCUCUGAUGCCCUGGGAGACCCUAGGGUUGCCAACCUCC